UUCUCAGCAAGGGGACCGACUGCUGGCGGGUGAACUGCGUUGAAACUGGCAAAGAUUUCUGCUCAGAAACACAACUGCUUUUGGCGUAUAACUGGUGAUUUGCCGUUGUUGGAUGCUUCUUUUCGUGCUAGGAGGCUCAAGAUUUCUAUCGCUGGACUUCUCAGCCUGCUGAUAGGACCUCACGUGAAUUUGAUUCCACGAGUAAUUUCAUAUUUAAGAAGUUAGCAAACAAGGCCGCAGAUGUGAAUAUCUGCAGUUUAUUUUGAACUAAUACCCACUUGGCGGAUAAUACCCCUAUCCUCUCUCGUUUGACGGCUGACUGAAAUUUUCAAAGUUCAAGAAGAUUCCUGGUGGUCGGGCUAAAGAUCGGAGGCAAGUGGAAACGCGUAUUUUCAGUAAAUGACUCACUAUGACCUUCUCGUGACGGACCGGCUCUCCGUACAGUGGGUCCCCUCUGUUAUUCACCGUCUGCAUUAUAACUUUUGUGUGUUUGGGGGGAUUUCCGCACGGAAAGGAAUAGCCUUCUGGCAGGACUCCUAUGACCAUGUUGCUAUCGCGCUUGUUUUGUGAACUUUGAUUGCCUAUGAGUAUUUGUAAACUACACGUUAAAAGAGCAUUAGGACACUCGUGAAGACGUGUCUGAUUAUAGGCAAUUGGACACUUUUUCCAUAUCUCUAGGAACUGUGAAGCGCCUCUCUGCUCAUCUUGUUUUCUCAAGACGUCAGAACGGAUCCCUAUCUCCUCCCCGAGCAACGGAGUCAGGCUAUAUCGGUUGUUUAACCAAAGUGUUGUAGGAUAGCAUGGCAAUGGUAGUAAACCAGUGGCAAGAGAACAUUUCGGCCGAUCCCGGGUCUCAACUCCAGAUUUGCAGUCAGGAGCCCGGUGGAACGCCGGGAACACCGUCUGGUUCCACUCCGGGGAACGAUGCACUUUCUGGGGACAAAAUUCCCAAUGUGGACUGCAUGGUGUGUGGAGACAAGUCCAGUGGUAAACAUUACGGCCAGUUCACAUGCGAGGGUUGCAAGAGCUUCUUCAAGCGCUCGGUGCGAAGGAACCUGACGUACACAUGUCGGGGAAAUCGUGAUUGUCCUAUCGACCAACAUCACCGAAAUCAGUGCCAGUAUUGUCGCCUGAAGAAGUGCUUGAAAGUCGGCAUGAGGAGAGAAGCCGUCCAGAGGGGCCGUAUGUCCAACUCCCAGACCAGCCCUGGGCAGUACCUGACCAAUGGCAGCGAUCCUUACAACGGUCAGCCCUACUUGUCCGGCUUCAUCUCGCUGCUGUUGAGGGCCGAGCCGUACCCCACGUCUCGCUACGGGGCCCAGUGCAUGCAGUCCAACAACCUGAUGGGCAUUGAGAACAUCUGCGAGCUGGCCGCCAGGCUGCUCUUCAGUGCUGUGGAGUGGGCCAAGAACAUCCCCUUCUUCCCUGACCUGCAACUCAUGGACCAGGUGGCGCUGUUGCGCAUGUCAUGGAGCGAGCUGUUUGUGCUGAAUGCUGCCCAGUGCUCCAUGCCCCUGCACGUGGCGCCCCUCCUGGCCGCAGCCGGCCUGCACGCCUCCCCCAUGUCUGCCGAGCGCGUGGUGGCUUUCAUGGACCACAUCCGUGUCUUCCAGGAGCAAGUGGAGAAGCUAAAGGUCCUGCAGGUGGACACAGCCGAGUACUCCUGCCUCAAAUCCAUCGUGCUCUUCACCUCUGAUGCCAUGGGUCUGUCCGACGUGGCCCAUGUGGAGAGCAUCCAGGAGAAGUCUCAGUGUGCGCUGGAGGAGUAUGUGCGUAACCAGUACCCGAGCCAGCCCAACCGCUUCGGCCGCCUGCUGCUGCGGCUGCCCUCGCUGCGCAUCGUCUCCUCGCCAGUCAUCGAGCAGCUAUUCUUCGUGCGCCUGGUGGGCAAGACGCCCAUCGAGACCCUCCUGCGGGACAUGCUCCUGUCCGGCUCCAGCUACAACUGGCCCUACAUGCCCGCCGUCCAGCGCGACCGCCCCCUCGCCCUGCAUUACAACGAGAACGGCCCUUGAUCUGCCCCCUGUAGGGUGAGACGGGGAUGCGGGCGGUCAGCAGCUUUCUGACUGACCUCCUAAACCACCCCCCAGCCCCAGGCCCCCAAGCGCUUCUUCACAUUGCCAGGGCUGACCUGACUGAUGGACAGUUUGAGACCCGUAUGGGCCUGUUCUGAUGCAACCCAGAGCGACCCAAACUGAUUCUGUGCUGUCGCUUGGGGAACGAACCUUGAUCCUUCACUGAAGUCCGUCAGACUCUCAUUGCUUGUGUUGUUUUUUUUUAUAAAUAGUCACUUGAUGCCAGUCCCUGCACAAGGGGACGCAGAUUUCAGAGGAGCUGGCAGAAGGGCUUUGUGCUGUUACUGAAGAGGCCCGAUUCUUGAAACUCUUUUGCGAAUGAACCAGAAGCCAUUAAAAGUACCAAUGCCAAAACUCUUUUUUUUUUCUUUUUUUGUAAACAAGGACAUUCAGAGAGAAUAAUCUCAUUGUCUGUUUGGGGGCCUUCAUGAAAAUGCUCAGCUAGAUUUUUUUUUUUUCAAACUGAAACUCAAGAUUGUGUCCAUAUGUGUGGUGUACUACUCUGUGCAGCUAGGGCAAACAGUGUGAUCACAGCAGCUGAGGUUGGA